AGCCGCCCCCUCAUCCAAACUAACCCUGUUCCUUUCUUCCCCCGCAGGCAAAAAAUGGUUCGACUGCGCCGAAUGCCACCAAGAACAAGAAUCCCACUCGCUCACCAAAACCAACGAAAUGGUCUUCGCCUGCAAAAAGUGCAAAAAGUGUUUCCGGAAAGACGCGACGGAGUUUGAUGAGAGUGACGAGUACUGCCCGCACUGCGAUAACCAUUUUGUGAUCGAGGCGGUUACGCCGACGCCUACGUUGCAGGUGGAGGGCGAGGAUGCGCGUGUGGAUUCUAGAAUGCUCAAAGACGACCGUGUUCGUGGGCACCAGGAACGCUCCAUCUUCAACUUCAAAGAUCUCUCCGAUCGCAUGGGCUAGCCGCCCCUUCCGACGGCUUACGAACGAUACUUACGAUCUCAUGCACUACAUCCUUUCUAACCUUGUAUAUCACCCCUAGACCUUCUCCAUAUAUCCAGAUCAGAGACCCCGUGGAUUACCGUAUAAAGGA